UAAAAAUGUUUUUGACACGCAGCGAGUAUGAUAGAGGUGUUAAUACUUUCUCACCGGAAGGAAGACUUUUCCAGGUUGAAUAUGCUAUGGAAGCGGUUAAACUUGGCACUACAACAAUUGGAAUUCAAUCAAAAGAAGGAAUUGUUUUGGUAGCUGAACGACGAGCCGUCUCUAGAUUAUUAUCACUUGACUCUAUUAAAAAAAUUUCCAAAAUUGACAAACAUAUAGUUGCUGCCUCCGCUGGCCUCAUUGCUGAUGCGCGCACUUGGGUGGACCGUGCUCGAACUGAAUCUCAGGAUUACUUUUUUACUUAUGGCCAAAGAAUUGGGAUUGGCCAUGUUACAAUGAAGGUUUCGGAAAUUGCUCUUCAUUUUGGCGACGAUGAAUCAACGAUUCGCCUCGGUCGUCCAUUUGGAGUUGCAAUGCUAUUUGCUGGUGUUGAUCACACAGGGACUGCUCUUUACCAUUUGGAUCCUUCUGGCACAUAUAUUCGUUGUAUUGCAAAAGCUAUUGGGGCUGGUGGAGAUGGGGCAGAACAAGCAUUAAUUGAACAUUGCAAAGAAUGUGAUAAGAAAAUGACAUUAGCACAAGCACAGAAAGUUGCGUUAACAACGCUUAAACAAUUAAUGGAAGAGAAAAUUAGUAAUAAAAAUGUUGAGAUUGUUAUAAUUAAACCAGAAAUGGAAGAUGGAGAAAUGACUGGUAAAAUUACUUGGUUAAACGAAGAGGAAAUUGGUCAAGCACUUAUUGGAUUGGAAUAA